AGAUGCCAGACAACAUGACGGACCAGGAGGAGCAGGAGGUGCGGUGCCUCCAGCUGCGUGCCCAUGACCAGGGGGUGACUUGUCCAGCCACCUGGGACUCGCUGCUUUGCUGGCCGCCAACCGCCCCCGGCACUCUUGUCAAACUCCCGUGCUUCUCCGAGCUGAAUGGAAUCAAGUACGAUACCACACAGAACGCUAGCAGAUGGUGUCACAAUGAUGGGGUAUGGGACAACCUCACAGACUACACGGCUUGUUUGUCGCAGCCGAGGCCGGAACUGGAAAUGCCAUCGGACACUGGAGUGGAGGUUGCGACAACGAUAUACGCUGUGGGGUACUCUGUUUCCCUCAUGGCUCUAGCUGUUGCUGUAUGGAUCUUUAUUUUCUUUAAGGAUCUUCAAUGUCUGAGGAAUACAAUCCACAGUAACCUCAUGUGUACUUACAUUCUUGCGGACUCCAUGUGGAUUCUCAAUAUGUUGCUACAGGGAUCGAUCCAGAACGACUUAACGGCCUGCACCAUCGUCUUCCUGCUGCACUACUUCUACCUGACCAGCUUCUUUUGGAUGUUCGUUGAAGGUCUGUAUCUGUACCUCCUAGUCGUGGAGACUUUCACUAGAGAAACUGUCAAGUUGAGAGUGUAUGCUUCCAUUGGUUGGGGUACUCCAAUGGUUAUUGUGCCGGCUUGGGGAAUUGUAAAGAGCUUCUUUGUACACCCUCAAGACGAUUCUCAGAGCCACGGAGUAUCGGCAAGUGGCCAUUGCACCUGGCUGACGUCACCACACCCUUACGACUGGAUCUACCAGACCCCUGUGUUCACCGUGCUAGGACUGAACCUUCUGUUUCUCGUCCGCAUCAUGUGGGUGCUGAUAACAAAACUGCGCUCAGCAAACAACGCGGAGACUCAGCAGUACCGGAAAGCCAGUAAGGCGUUGAUCGUGCUGAUUCCGCUGUUGGGCAUCACGUACAUCCUGGUGAUCGUGGGGCCGACUCAAGGGGUGCCCGCCAACAUCUACGCCUUCCUCAGGGCGAUCCUGCUCUCCACCCAGGGGUUCGCUGUAGCGCUGUUCUACUGCUUCCUCAACUCUGAGGUGCGCAACACCAUGAGGCACCGUCUGGAGAGAUGGAAGGAGUCGAGGGACCUGGGUGCGGGAGGUCGCAGGUUCACGUACACUAAAGACUGGUCCCCUAACACCAGGACUGAGAGCAUCAGACUUUGCCACAGCCUUCACUCCACAGCCAAUCAUUACCGUAAGCGGGAAUCAACCGUGAGUGAAACCACGUUGAUGACCAUGGUCGGAACCGGAACCGGCACCGGAUCAGCCCGUGUCAGCAACGGUUCUGUAGGUCCCACGUCAGCCCUAACUAUGCGGACUUCCAUUAGUCCCCACCACGACAGUCCAGAGAACGCCGUCUAAACGGCACGGUGAACUAUAGCCUAUACAGUAUCUGCUGUGUGUCGCAUCUUUCAAUAUUUUGUGUCCCCUAAACUGGAAAAAGACUCGUAAUGAGUCCUACUAUUAUCAAUCAAAUGGCAUUCCGUGUUUCUUAUUUUCUGCUAAAAAAUUGCCAAAAUAAUAUU